AUGGAUGGACCGACAGAAAUUUAUGAGCAGCUCAAUUUGUGUAUUUUUCCCGAAAGGUUUUGUUUGGAACCAAGAGGACGGGACGGUGGAUUAGUUUCAGAUGCAUAUUUGGAAAUUGAUCGCAAUACGGGAAAGCUAAGUUUGAUAAGAAACAUCGAGAAGCCAAUACUUAUGCAUGAUGCUGAAGUAAAAGUUAUUUAUGGAAUUGUUGGUAUCGUUAGGAUAGUAUCAGGAAAUGCUUUGAUAGCUAUAACAAAGGCUAAUCUGAAAGGUGUUUUGACUGGUCAUGAAAUAUGGGCGAUAGCUGAAACAGAAAUUAUACCAUAUGAGAAGACAACAUUACACCUAACAGAAAAACAAAUUUGGUAUAAUCGCCAUUUUACUGAUAUGAUCCAACUUGUAUUAUCAACUGGUGGGUUUUAUUUCUCCCGCACUUACGAUUUAUCACAUUCAGCGCAGUGGUUAGUAGAAAAUGCUACACCAUUCUUCAAAAGACUUCCAAUGAUGAGUCGAUCGGAUGAACGUUUUGUUUGGAAUCGAUAUUUGUCUGCCCCUCUUACAGCCGUUCCCGAAUUAUUUCGAUAUGCGCUUCCAAUAAUACAUGGCUUUUUUGAUAUCAGUCGUUGUAUUGUUAAUGGACAUGUCUUCCAACUUUGUCUUAUAUCUCGGAGAUCUAUAUACAGAGCAGGUACAAGGUUUUAUAUGCGUGGAGUUAGUGCUACUGGACAUUCGGCAAACUACGUAGAAACUGAGCAAUUAGUGGAGUACAAUAAGGAUAGCGAUUCGAAACAAAGAUAUUUAACAUCAUUUGUACAGAUAAGAGGAUCAAUACCGCUGUUUUGGUCGCAGAGACCAAAUCUUCACUGGCAACCCGAACCAACGCUAAAUUCCACUGAUGAUCAAACGGAAGCUUUUAAGCGACAUAUGAUAAUACAGCGGAAUAUUUACGGAGGAAAACAUGUGAUCGUAAAUUUGGUGAAUCAGAAAGGACGUGAAAAACGUGUCGGUGGGGAGCUUGAUCGAGUUGUUAUACGCACAAAUUUAGAUUUCGUCAGACUCAAUGCAUUUGAUUUCCACAAAGAAUGUCGAAUAUUGAAUUGGGGUCGGUUGGAUAUACUCAAGAAACAACUUCGAGGCGAAAUUACAGAAUUUGGAUUCUUUGCAUCAUCUACAAAUUCUACGGAACAAAUACACAAACAGAAAGGGUUUUUUCGUACUAACUGCAUGGAUUGUUUGGAUAGAACUAAUGUUGUUCAAUCUAUGUUGGCUAAGGAAUCACUGAAAGAUCAGCUAUCUUAUAUGAAAAUUAUCAGUAAUGGCUUUGAAGUGGACAGUUAUCCGGAAUUAUCUGCUACUUUCAAAAGAAUUUGGGCUGAUAAUGGCGAUGAAUGCAGUCGGCAGUAUGCAGGAACGGGAGCAUUGAAGGCUGAUUAUACGCGUUUUGGUAGGCGAACUUUUUCCGGGGCGUGGAACGAUUGCGUUAAUGCUUUUACACGUUACUUUCGAAACAAUUUUGCAGAUGGUUACAGACAGGAUGCAAUCAAUCUUUUCCUUGGUAAUUUUCAAGUUGAUCCAAACAAUUUGCCAGCAACUUUUGAGACUACAGUGCUCAAUUUUGACUACCAUGGUGGUGCUAUUGGCGGUGCAAUCUUUGCAGCUGCAAUGAUUAUUCUUUGCGUGUUGGUAGCGGAAAAUAUGACAGCAGCUAUAUUUUGGCUGGUAAUUUUCAUGGCAUUAAUGUUAUUCAUAUUUAUCAAUGGUGAAGAAUUUGUAAACAAACCUCGAUUGAAAAUGGACUAA